AUGAGUAAGCAACAACAGUUUACAAGACUCCCGACCGAGAGCAAUUCGUCUGUCUCUCAAACACCUGCUAUACCAAUGCAAGCCAUCACACCUCAAACUCAAGCUCCUAGAUUGAGUCUAAACGCUAGUGUCGAUUCGCAACCUCACAUUGUUCAUUUCACCUCGUUGUCUCCAAUUCAUAGAACCUCGAUUUCUGGCGUUGUCUUAGAAGAAGAAUGGCCUCUUACAGAAAUUCCACAAGAAUUGAGAGAAGCAGGUGGUACCUAUGAAUCAUCCUCCGCGAAUAAUACCGAAGCAAAUUCAAUGCGUACGGAUUGGAAAAGGAGCUUAUUUUUGUUAUUGGAAGAUCCUUCCUCAAGUAAAGCCGCGUUUAUGGUCAACGUUUUUGUCUCAUUUUCUAUAAUAUUAAGUGCUGUGUUGACCACUGUUGAGACAAUACCUUCAUUUAGGUUAACAUCUAGCUCCGUUUGGUAA